CAAAUCAUUUAAUUCUUUGUUUCUUUUGUGACAGGAAAUAUCUUCUUGAUUAAGGAAAUGUGUUAUGUGACCAACCAAGUUCAAAAUUCAAGUCACGAGAUAGUCCCUGCAAAUUCAAAACAUCAAACAGAAAACAAACAACAUUUCCACAGCGUGGCGUACUCUCUCUCUCUCUCUCUCUCUCUCACAGUCACAGUUCAUGUACACAGAGAUUCACAGUCACAACCAAUAACAACUUCUUCUUCUUCUUCUUCCCUUGUCCAAAAUAAUUAAAAAAAAAAAAAAAGGAAAGCGAAAAUAGCUCUACUACUCCUAAUAAUCACUUUCUUUGCAUGCCUUCUUCUUAGCCUCUCUACUUUCCGUUCAAAUUCAAAAUUACUUCCUAGAGAAGAUUUCACUCCAAUGGCCGCCAUGGAGAGCUUGAUCGGCCUUGUCAACAGAAUACAGAGGGCUUGCACCGUCCUCGGUGACUAUGGUGCCGAUACUGCUUCUUUGCCUACUCUUUGGGAGUCGCUUCCCUCUGUUGCCGUCGUUGGCGGCCAGAGUUCUGGAAAGUCAUCGGUUCUGGAGAGCAUUGUUGGUCGAGAUUUUCUUCCUAGAGGAUCAGGAAUUGUGACAAGGCGGCCUUUAGUGUUGCAACUGCACAAGACAGCAAUAGGGAUACAGGAGUAUGCAGAGUUUCUUCACUUGCCAAAUAAAAGAAUUGCAGAUUUCUCCCUGGUUCGAAAGGAAAUGCAAGAUGAAACUGAUAAAAUGACUGGCAAGUCAAAACAGAUUUCUUCCGUUCCUAUUCAUCUCAGUAUCUACUCUCCACAUGUUGUCAAUUUGACAUUGAUAGAUUUGCCUGGUCUAACCAAGGUUGCUGUCGAGGGACAGCCAGAGAGCAUUGUUAAGGACAUUGAAAAUAUGGUUCGUUCAUAUGUUGAAAAGCCAAAUUGCCUUAUUCUGGCCAUAACUCCAGCCAAUCAAGAUAUUGCAACAUCUGAUGCUAUCAAACUCUCCAGAGAAGUUGAUCCGGCAGGUGAAAGAACCUUUGGUGUGUUGACAAAGCUUGACUUGAUGGAUAAGGGAACAAAUGCUUUGGAUAUUCUUGAAGGAAGGGCUUAUCCACUUCAACGCCCUUGGGUUGGAAUUGUGAACCGCUCUCAAGCUGAUAUCAAUAAGAAUGUAGACAUGAUAGCUGCCAGGCGAAAGGAACGCGAGUUCUUUGCCUCUAGUCCUGAUUACAGGCACCUUGCUGGCAGAAUGGGUGCAGAAUAUCUUGCAAAACUUCUAUCCAAGCAUUUGGAGUCUGUAAUCAAAUCGCGCAUAUCAGGCAUCACAUCUUUAGUUAACAGAAGCAUUGAUGAACUUGAAGCGGAGUUGGACCACCUAGGUAGACCUGUUGCUAUUGAUGCUGGGGCACAGUUGUACACUGUCUUGGAGUUAUGUCGUGCUUUUGACCGGGUAUUCAAGGAGCAUUUGGAUGGAGGGUACUGCAUCAGACCUUUCUUUCUUUCUUCAUCUUUUGGGCUGUUUUACCUUCUUUGUUCUGAGCAUGAUUUGAUGAUUAAGAAAGUCUAUAAUAGCCUGUUAGUUUCCUGCUGCUUUCCUGUGUUACAUCUUAGGCGACCUGGCGGAGAUCGAAUUUAUGGAGUUUUCAAUCACCAGCUCCCUUCUGCCUUGAGGAAACUUCCAUUUGACCGACAUUUAUCUCCGCAAAAUAUAAGAAAAGUGGUCUCAGAAGCAGAUGGGUAUCAACCUCAUUUGAUUGCACCUGAGCAAGGAUAUAGACGCCUUAUUGAUGGUGCUAUUAGUUAUUUCAAAGCACCAGCUGAAAAUUCUGUAGAUGCUGUUCACUUCAUUUUGAAAGAACUUGUGAGGAGGUCAGUUGGAGAAACACAGGAGUUGAAGCGUUUUCCAACUCUUCAAGCUGAAAUAGCAAUUGCUGCCAGUGACGCACUGGAGAGGUUCCGUGAAGACAGUAGGAAGACUACUUUGAGGCUGGUGGACAUGGAAUCCUCAUACCUGACUGUGGAUUUCUUCAGGAAAAUACCCAUGGAGAUGGAGAAGGUUGGAAACCCAAUUGCCAACAAUGCAGAUCGGUACACAGAAGGCCAUUUUCGCAGAAUAGGAUCCAACGUUUCCUCUUAUGUUGGAAUGGUGUCUGAGGCCCUCAGGAUUUCUAUUCCUAAGGCUGUGGUUCAUUGUCAAGUCAGGGAGGCCAAGCGGUCUUUGCUGGAUCACUUCUACACCCAAAUAGGCAGAAAAGAGGCCAAGCAACUUGCACAAUUGUUAGAUGAAGAUCCUGCCCUGAUGGAAAGAAGGCAGGAAUGUGCCAAGAGACUCGAGCUAUACAAGUCAGCUAGAGAUGAGAUUGAUUCGGUCUCAUGGGCUAGAUGAGAUUAAUGAGGAACAGCUGUUACACUUGGUAACAAACAGAUAUUUUAGAAAAAGAUAUUAUUUGGCAGGCUUUCUCAGCUACAGCCAUUCUUCUUUUCUUCCCCUCUCCUACUCGGAUCAAAUUUGUCAAUUUAGUUUCUCGGUCACAUUGGAUUGUAAGUUUUCAGCUGCCAUUUUUGUUGGUUGUUCAGUUGUUCAUUGUA